UAAUCAUAAUCUCUCAUACUCCCUCUUUCUUUUUACAUAUUAUUCUUUGAUUGUUAAAACAAAUAAUGAGUAUUAGUAAAAUGGUUACUCGUUCUAUAGAAUCGUUACCCUCUAUUCCAACUAAAUUUACAAAGUCAUUACCUUGUGACAUUUAUACAGCCAAAUUAUCAAAGCUUGAACAAAAUAACUUUAUGAGAACUCCACGUCCUGUUCAUAAAGCUGCUUAUUCUCUUGUCUAUCCAGAGAGUGCCCCUGAUCCGACACUAUUAGCUAUAUCAAAAUCAGCUUGUCAAACAUUAGAUUUAGAUCUUGAUGAGAUUACAAAGAACAGUGAAGACUUUGUUUCAAUCUUUUCCGGAAAUAAAAUUUUGCCGAAUACUCAGCCUUGGUCACUUUGCUAUGCAGGCCAUCAAUUCGGCUAUUUUGCAGGUCAAUUAGGUGAUGGGAGAGCCGUAUCAUUGUUUGAAACAGUUAAUUCUAAAGGAGAAUCUUGGGAGUUACAGUUAAAAGGUGCUGGUCGAACACCGUAUUCACGUUUUGGAGAUGGUUAUGCGGUAUUACGAUCAAGUAUACGAGAAUUUUUAAUAUCAGAAUAUAUGAAUGCUUUAAACAUCCCAACGACACGAGCACUUUGUUUGAUAGGAACAUCAAGAGAUGUGUAUAGAGAUGAUGGGCCUAAACAAGGUCAACCAGAAAGAGGUGCUAUUGUUACUCGUAUGGCGCCUUCUUGGUUACGUUUUGGUAAUUUUGAAAUAUUCUAUUCUCGAAAUGACAUGGAAAAUGUGCGUCGCUUAGCGGACUAUGCUAUUGAUGAAGUCGUAAAGGAUGAAAAUAAUGGUUCUGGUAAUAAAUAUGCAAGAUUUUUUAGAACAGUUACAAGGAAUACAGCACAAAUGGUAGCAGAGUGGCAAGCUAUAGGUUUUAAUCAUGGUGUCAUGAAUACAGAUAAUAUGUCAAUAUUAGGUUUAACUAUGGAUUAUGGUCCAUUUCAAAUUAUGGAUUACUAUGACCCAUCUUACAUCUGUAACCAUUCAGAUAGUACAGGACGUUAUGCAUUUCAUCGUCAACCCUCUGUAUGCAUAUUUAAUUUGAUUAAAUUAAGUGUACCUUUAUUUGAAUUGAUUGGUGCUGGUGAAAAAGUGGACUCUAUUGUCUUUCCUGACGCUGAUAACGAAACAAAAGAAGGAGUGACUGAUGAAAAAAUAUUAGAACAGUAUCGAGAUAAAGGGAAGAUAUUUGUUCAGGAACUCUUGAAUAAGGAAUUUAAAGAAUACUUUAUGGAUCAUUUAUUGAAAAAGAUGAGGAGUAAGAUUGGUCUUUUAGAAAAUGGUGAUAAACAAAGUGAUAUGGAUGAUGUGGUUAUCCCAUUAUUGGAUUGGUUAACAGCCUAUCACAUUGAUUACCAUCGCUUUUAUAGAUCAUUAAGUAAUUACAAAAUAACAGUUGAAGGUGAAGAUACAGAUACUCAAAAAGCUUUGGAUGAAUGGCUUGAAAUUAUCACAGAAGAAGAAGAGCAGUUAGAAGCUAGUAAAGAAGCAUUAAAGCCAUGGUUAAGUCUAUAUCGUCAUCGUUUAUUAAAAGAUAAACUGACCGAUAUAGAGCGUAAAAAGCGUAUGGAUUCCAUCAACCCUAGAUUCAUAUUUCGAAACUCCAUAGCUGAAGAAGUUAUUGAGGCAUUUGAUACUGAAAAUGAAAAGGAAGCCACAAGAAUUUUAAACAUCUGUCUUGAAGCCUGUAAUAAUCCUUUCAAAGAUUAUUAUAAAGAUAAAGAAGUAGAAGAAUGGAUUAAUAAAUCUGUACCAAAAAAAGAUAUGAGAUGUUCAUGUAGUUCUUAGCCAAGUUUAUACAGAGAUUUUUUUUUUAUUCAUGACUAAAAAUAAUGAAGAUGUGUAUUCGUAUCAAUAUACAUAUAUAAUAUAUAUUUGCUUACUUUUUCAAUGUAUAUUCUAAUGCUAGAACUUCUUUAAAAAAAUAAAACCAGUUGAUUACUAUCAUUUUUCUAUAAAAGU